AUGUCCGGCGAAUUUGAUGACUACCAGGGCGAAGGAGGCCAAGAAUGGGACGGGCACGAUGACGAUGUGAAAUCAACUUAUGAUGAUUAUCAAGGCGAUGGACAUCAAGGCAUGCCGCUCGCCCCGAUUCCCGAAGAAUCUCGUGUCGGCUCGGACGUCUUGAGCGAAGCCCACCCACCGAAGGGCACUGACCCAGAUGGCCAGGAAUUUGACGAUUUUGCGUGUGGUGAGGAAGGUCUACAGCGGCUGGAAACCUACGAAGAAUUUGAAAAAGAGAACGUGAUCAUCGAAAAUGAUCCGCGAUUCCAGCAAGGGACACGCGUAUGGGCUAAGGAGAACUCGUGGGAACCGUCACCGAUCAAUUAUAACAACCGCAUGCCGUUCCAACAGGGGCGACCGGUUGAGAAGCCUUCUUUUUCUCCCGAGACCGGCAGUGCUCUGAAGAAGGUCUUUAGCCCGCCUGUCGCUUCUGCGAUCCAACGUGCGGAUGAACUGAGAAGAAUGGAAGCUGCCCAGCGCACACCGGAUAAGUCGAUUGUCUCCGAUGAAUUUAUGCAUAAAAUUUCUACACCACAAGCGGCUGUUCCUCGAAGAGCACUACAAAGGAGCCUCGAGGAUCAAUUUGGCAACUUAUCCGCGAUCCCGAGCACCCCGCCGAAGACAAGAAUCUCGCCAAAGUACUCGUCUCCGACUCCAUAUGCCGGCUAUGAAGAUGCUUCCCUAUCGGUUACUUCUUUGCGCAAUGGAAUUAACGCAGCGGCGCUUGACGAUCUGCAAAACGUGAACGCCGUUGACCGGAUGUUGGCGCAGCUUCGACUGCGCCGUGAGCAACAGAAAAACACAAAGAAUUCUUCGCCGUUCGGGAAGAGCGUUACUUUCGCUGAUCGAAGCUCGGGGACCGUUCUGAAUGGAGAAAGGUCGCGUGUCCCGCUGCGUGAAUACCAGCAAAGCUCGUCUUCUACCUCAAGGGUCCUACCCGCCGAGUCGACUUCAGCAACACUUUUCACUACUGCGCUCGAGUAUAAGCCGGUCGAAGAAGUGUCGGUUCAAUCCUAUGCGCGGCCUACAUCCGCAGCGACUAGCGUCAGCACUUAUGGCGGUGCUCGCUAUCUAGCAAUCAAACCGGGCAAGGUCUACUUCGGAUUUGUCGAACCCGGGGAGCAGGCUGUCAGAAGUAUCACGAUCACCAACGUCGGCACUACCCAAUUACAAUUCCACCCGACCCUGUCGAGCGAAAAGAACGGAUUUUCGGUGGAUAAAACGGUGCGUGUUCUGAAUCCCGGUGAUGCGCGAGAGGUCGAAGUUCGUUUCGCACCCGACACGUCGAUGCAUCGGGCGCUUUGCCGUGGCGAUCUGCGAAUCAUCGCAAAACAGUCGCUGCAGCGUGAUCUCACUUAUAAGUUGCCCGUCGUCGCUUCGCCUUGGGUAUCUUACCUGAAGCUCUCGGCUCUCCCCAAUCGCCCCGAUUUGUCCUCGCGUCCGAAUGGUGACUAUGUGCUGCGUGCAAAUGACAUUGAUAAUUUCUCGUUCGUCGCAAUGGCCACUGGACGUGCCGCAAGUGCUGUUCUUUCGCUACAUGAUGUCGAGGGCCGCCCAGUCGAGGCUCUAUUUUCUCCGUCUAAUCGCAUCCAAAUCUCCCGUGAUCGCUCAUUGACUAUCAAUGUACGCGUUCGCAAUACGUCUCACAUGGGAUCCUCGUGGUCAUUUGUUUCAAACACGUUUGCAUCAAAUAAUGAGGGUCCUGCCUACGUGAUGGACAUUAUCUGGACGGAGUCACUUGGGGUGCUGAGAGCUGCAGCUUACGCGAAUGAGAAAGCCGUUGGUGCGCGGGUUGUUGAGGGCCUCGGCGAUGUUACGGAACCGUUUUAUGGCGGUGAUAACAAAAAGUACGAUGUCCCGCCGGAAUGGCCCUUGAGCCGCGGCGAUGUCGACAAUCUGAAGCUGACGCUGCGUCGCACGAGGGUUCAUGUGAACAGCCAACGCUUGUCGAUUCGCGCGCCCCACGUUCUCGAAUUGACGACCAACCAGACGAUCGGUCCGCAGCUUGCCAACGACAGUGCCAAUUCGACACUUUUCCGCACGUUGGUCCCGGAUCCAGACUCGACAACGAUGGCGCGCACAUUCCGC